AUGCCACCUAGGAAGGUUAGGAGCAGACCUAAAAAAUGUGUUGAAAGCGCGCAAACUUCAAGUCAAGACUCAAUAAGUGGAUUCGCUCUUUUUAAUAAAGUAACAUCUGACGCGACGGCAGCUGCAGCUGCGGCAGCAGUAGUAAACGAUCUUCCAAAGAGCAAUCCGACUGAAAGUCUGCGAAAGAGGCCGCAUAGAAUGGCAUCAUUAAAGGCAGAAACAUCACUCCGCGAUGAUUUAAUGGACAUUGAUGUUGUAGCCAAAAAUGGAUUUAAACAUAGUACUAAUGGAGACAAGAACGAGGAUGACGAUAACGAUGACACGGAUUUUGUUCCAGAACAAGGUUUAAUCGAAGAGAAUAUUGUGUCAACCGGAGUGGGUAUUACCGGAGAGUAUAGUGAAGUAGGUGGUCUAGGACUGUUGGCGGAUAUGGGUAAUAAUGAUUUACUUGCCCUUCCUUCAAGAUUCGUUGUGAACGAAGGUACAGAUGGCGCAGACCAUCGCAGGGCGAACAAUAAACGGAAGGCGGGUACGAGAGUUAUCAGAGCAAUGAAGGAUCUAUCAUCGGCUAGAGAUAAACUCGAGCGCAUAUAUGGAACCAAUAGACAGAAACUAUUAGGUUUAGCUAAAUUAAAGGAAGGCUUUGAAACGCAUGUGUUCGAUUUCCCGGAAGAGUAUCUGCGGUCAUCUUCUAGAUAUUUUGUGGAAACAAUGAACAUCUUAGAAACUGCCAAGUUCAGUGAACUCAAUCCUAAGCCACAGGAAUCUGAAAUUUUAACUCAAUUGGAACUUGAUCAAUUAUUUCCAGUUUCUAAUGAACUUCCUAAGAACAUAUUGAUUUCUGGUGCGAACUUUUCCUUGUAUAGAGACCAAAAAUCUGAAUUUCCGAUAUUGCCCUGCGGUAAAAGAACCGGAUUUGUAUACAAUGUUGGAGGGCUUAUAACUGAUAUGGCUUGGCUAAGAUCAGACGACUCUGUUUAUCAGUAUUUAGCAGUGGCUGUUUCAAAUGUCGAUACUGCCAAUGAUAUGAGGUUGCGAAUGACAGGGAUAAACAAGCAUUUUUCUAUUAUUGAAAUAUACAGGCUGAAUACUGAUAGCCUAGAAUUUGUCAAAAUUCAAACAGUGGUACAUGAAUUUGGCGAAAUAUGGGAUCUAAAAUGGCACGAUGCUUUCAGUCAAACUGCCAAAGGACUGCUUGGCUUUGUAUGCCAAUUGGGUUCUAUCAAAUUUGUCGAAAUCACUUUUACUGAAGAUUAUGAGAUUCGUUUGAUUACAGAAGUAUGUCUAGAAGUGCAAAUGCAGUCUUCUCAAAUAACUUGUUUUGAUUUCCGCUCAUCUUCAACUGUCAUUUGUGGUUUUUAUAACGGAUACGUUGGGGAAUUUGUGAUUGGAAGUGCUAUUCCUAACUUCUACAAAAAGAUUCAUGAAACUUAUGUACUGUCAGUUGUCAGCGCUUACUCGCCGUACGAAGAAAACGCUAUCUUCAGUACUUCUGUGGACGGUACUAGUUAUUUAUACAGUCCAAAAGACAUCCAAACAACGAAAUGUGCAUUACCCAGAAACCGUGGUACAAAUAUCAGUCCAGUAGUCUAUGUGCCCCAAUUAUAUUCUAUUGUGCAUACUGACGGUGUAAGCUGUUUGAAAGCCUUUACUCCCAGAGCUGUUUUUGGAACGCAUCAAAUAUGUCAGCAUAAAAAUAACAUUGGAUGUAUAGGUUCAUCUAGAUUACACCCAUACGUACUUUCAGGUUCUGCAGAUGGUUCUAUUAUAUUGAAUAACCUAGUUCGGAGGAUACUACAAGGUAUAAAAGGCAAUACUGAUGUUUACAAGUUUAUUAGGCUGUGGAAAUGGGAUUAUAGUGUCACUUCUAAUAUUUACCGCUUGGAUCCUAAUUUCGAAGUCAGUAACUUUGCAAUGAAUGAAGUUUCUAACACUCGUAUUGAUCCAACCCCAAUAAAUAUUCAAUCCAUCAAAUGGAAUGAAAGCAUGAACACAGGUAAAUUCUAUGCAUUUGCUAACGCUGCAGGUUUGCUGGUCGUUGAACGAUUAGGUGAAGAUAGAUCGACUCACCUUUAA